UGUGGUUUCAGGCUCACAGACGAGUCACAGACGAGUCACAGAGGUACCGCCAACAUUUGUCAGUGAGCUAACGUCGCCUUCUUCGGUCAAGUCGGACCCGAGCCUCGCUCAAUGCUGGGUUGUGUUACCUCGUCGAAUGGAGAUGGAUGAAGAGCUGGAGAACUUCAUCAGGGAGCGGAAGGCGAGAGUGGCAGAGGAUAAAGCCAGUCUACAACAAGACCCUCCUUACAUGGAAAUAAAGGCAAAACCAAACAGAGCCUAUGAGUUGACUGUUAAGGAGAACAUCCCUCCCAAGUCUGUUGCCCCGAGGAAAGAGGAGAAUUUUGGGCUGCCGCUCGGUGUAGAAUACGAGAGGAAGAAGCAGAGGCUGCAGCAUGAGCUACGUUUGGACUUCAGGCACUACAUGGCUCAGAAAAAACUCAUUGACCCUGCAGCACCUGGACCUUUAAUUCACCUCAACAACAGGGGGUCUGUCAAGCAACAGCUUGAAGACAGGACAGGCGUUGGUCCCAAACAGCGAGCCUCUUCUCGGAGGGAUGCAGCCACCCUGACUGAAGACAGUAGGGGGCUGCAGAGGGCGCUGCACCUCGCAGAGGUUAAGACCUUCUGUCCUGAGGAAGAAGAGGCUUGUCAGCAUUACGACAGGCUGGGGAGGCCUGUGGAGCUGGAAUCAGAGGAAGAUGAGUAUUUAAAGAAGGAGCUGGAGCUGUUGAAAGGCAGAAGAAACAGAUAUACAGGGACUGAGGCCAGUCAUGAGAAGAGACAAACCAAUAGGACUGAUGGCAGGGAGAAGAGGGAGAAUCCAUUCAGCUUUGCCAGAGAAGGCAGGAGAUCGAGAACACAAGCCAAAUAUGUGGAUGCUGAGUUUUCUACUGGUCUUAUAAUAGGAGCGGCAGAUACGGAUGAAGCUUUGCGUAGGAGGAAGGAGCAUUACAGACAUGAGCUGCAGGAGCAGAUCGCUGAACAACACAGGAACAAGAAAAGGGAGAAGGAUUUGGAGCUCAAAGUUGCUGUGACGGGGAUGAAUGAUCCUGAGAAACAGCCGGACCGAAUCAGGCAGUUUGGACUAAGCAGGAGAAGAUAUCUUCAGGUCUCAGAGCCUUCAGCAACAGGAGAGAGCGAAUCAUCAUCAACAGGUUUCCACAAUAAUGAGAAGAUUGGUGUUCGAGAAAGAGAAACAUCUCCUCCUGAGCAGCCUCAUGUGGCCUUCCAGUCCCCGCUGCUUGAGUACAGCUCUUCCCUGGGUCUGGGAGGUGGAGGCCUGUCUCCCAGCAGUCAGCCGGCUGCCCCCUCCUUCCCCAGAGCCAUGGACACUCCAAGAAUUCCUCUGUUUCCUCCACAUCCUCCCUCAUCAGUCAGAGAAGCCUGCAGGAGCUUGUAUGCGGAGCCUCAUUACUGCUGUUGCAACAGAAACCUGCUUGACCCAAACAUGGCCUACUAUGGUCAUUUGCCUGUUCCUGUUCCUGGCGCUGGCCAGCCCAUCUCCUACUGGAACAUGCCACCAGGGGCUGCUGUGCCCAGUCAGCUUGGUAACCACAGUCCUCACAGUCAGCACAGUGGCAGCAGCUUCCCUGAACCCCCAUUACAGCCCAGUAGCGAAGCUGCUAUAGUGGACUCAUGUAGCAGUGUUUUCCCUUCAGAGAGUUCCAGGUCAAACAGAAAGAGAAUCCUGAGCUACAGAGACGCUCUCAAAGUACAGGAAACCCCCUGGAGUGGGAGCAACGAAUUUUACAACAAGAUCCAGGAGCAGCAGGAAAGGAGACGUCUGGAGAGGGAGGAGCAAGAGCGAAAUGAGGCGCAGCUGGAGGCCUACUCGAAGAACCACCAGCCGUGGGGGCGAGGUGGAGGAGGAGCCCCUCUCAGAGACAGCACUGGGAAUCUAAUUGCUGAUCUCCACCAGAUGCACAGGCUGAAUGAGGAGGCCUACACCAACCCGGAGCAAUCGCAGAGGAAAGCUGCUGCCACCGUGUUGGCACGACAGACGGAGCAGCCUGAGCCCAUCGAGAGAAUCUCCGGUUUCACACACGUCCAUACCCCCCAGUUUGCCAGAGGCAAAGUGUUUGCCAACCAGCCCACCCAGCACCAUCUCCAUGAGCAGGACACGUACAAGGCUUGUCUCAAACAGCAGAUUGAAGAGAAAAUGCGUAAAAAGGCAGAGGAGAGGGAGCAGGCCAGACAGGAGGAGGAGAAGGAGGAGAAGAGGCUGGCAGAGCAGAGAGCUCGUAUCCAGAGGGAGUAUGAAGCAGAAGAAGAAAAGAAAAAACGAAAGGAAAUGGAGCAAAAGGCCAAGAAUGAAGAGCUGAUUCGAUUGGCUGAACAGAGGAAGAAGGAAGCCGAAAGGAAGAAGAAGGAAGUAGAGGAGAAGGAAAAUGCAGCACUUAGAAGGCAGAAUGAGAUGGAGAGACAGACCCGGGUGGAGGAGGUCUGCAGGGAGCCUUCUCCUCCAAUCCCCACCCUGCAGAGGAAACAUGGGUCACACCGAUACACCCCCAGACCCCCUACUGUUGACAGCCAACGUUCCACUGCUCCCCUGUCUGAGUGCUCUUUGUCUGGUCUCCAGUCACCUCCUGUGCCUGCUCGUAGGAACCAGCUUCGAGCUACAGGUGACCAGCGUGACGUGUUCAGCGAGCUGUCUGCUUUGCGUCGGCAUCUUCGCUCAGAACAGAAGCGGUUGGAGCAGGACGAAUUGGAGGAGUUAGACUCUCCACUGAGAGACAGACAUCAGGAGCCUCCCCUGGUAGAUGUGUUUGAUAUGGCCAGGUUGCGGCUCCAAGCUCCAGCUCGAAGACCCAACUCCAGAAACAUUGAGCCCAGAAAUCUGCUGCGGAUCCACGACUCCCUGCCGCUCAACCACACAGACAGGAAGUCAAGGCUGGGCUCCUGUGACGUUCCACUGGAGGAAGUUGGUGUGAGCAGCAGGAGAAGAUACGACCACAGGGAUCCAUGUCAGCAGCUCAGCAGCCAGAGGACGACCGUGCUGGACGAUUAUUUUGACCUGUCCCCUCCACAUCAAAAUGAUUAUCUGAGGAGUGUGAUGGGGCGAUCUCCAAGGGGUUCUCUGCUGGAGUCGGACAGAGUGUUCAUUGAGCCCCUAGGUGAGGCCCUUAUACUGCCGCCAUACCCAGACAUCCAGAGAACCUCCCAGCUAUCGGCCAGGGAGAGGAGGAGGCAGGCCAAACAGUCCCAGCAUCCUCAGGAUCGAGCUGCUUCCAGCCAGUAUAUCGGCCAAUAUGACGACUACUCCACUCACGCAGGGACCAGGCCGCAGCAGGAGGUGGAGCACAGCGAGGGGAGGAGCCCAAACAGUGCAGGGCAUCGGACGGCUCUCAGUCGUCGUGGUAACAAAGCCGGACCAGUGGAUCUGUCUGAUGAUGACUCCUCCCCGACUCAGUCCUCUUCUCGCAAUCUUAACCAUCAAUGCUCCAUAGAAACUGUCGUCACAGAUCCCUGGAUGCGCCCGGGGACAUCGGACACCCUGAAAUGUUUGGACCGUCCAUCUAGGAGGGAGCGGUUGGCAACGUAGGACUUUGUUUCCGUGACCUCUGAGCUUCCUUGUACUCUGGAAAGUCUCUUGUGACAUUGACUCCGCUGUCUUUAAAGCUAUGGUUGUUUUUACCUCAUGGAUUAUGGGACGGACGGCUGUGUGAAAAAUGUACUUUUGUAAAAAUCAUUGUUUACAUCAUUGACAACAUACAUGUUUGUAUGGGCCAUUGUUUGGCUAAUGACUGAAUAGAUUUUAUUAAAUUAUUUUAAUUAUUAAUAGUAUUUUCUCCUUUUGUGUGACGUAACCAGCCGAUCUGCCAAUGGGGUGACAAGGCAUCAUCCUGCUUACAUAAGUUACCUUUUCUAGACAACACAAUAAACCUCCAUCAAGGAUAUUGCACUUUU